AUGUCUAUCCCGAAUGAGGCUCUUCACAAGCUUGCUCGCGAAAUCGAGACCCAGGCAGUGGCUGCACAACAACAAAUUGGCCUGGCACGUACUCAAAUGGCUGCAAAGCAGCGCGAGCAACGCUUGGUUAGCCUAACCCUUGGCGAACUGGCGAGCCUUCCAGAGGAGGCGGUAGUUUACGAAGGCGUCGGCAAGAUGUUCGCGUCACUUCCCCUACCAGUUUUACGACAGAAGCUGGAGGGUCAAACGAAGGAUUUGGAUUCUGAUGUGGAAAAGCUUAACCAGCGUCUUCUAUAUCUUGAAACCACGCACAAAAACAGCCGCGAGCACAUUGAACAGAUGCUCCGCGGUCGCUGA